CAAGUAAAUAAUGUUGCGUGUUUUUGGAUCUGUUUAAUAAUGAUAAGGCGGUAUAUAUAUAAUGAAAGAGAGAUACAAAUACAAAGCUGGCAAAUGAAGUAAAGUUAGCAACAACAAUCCAAACAGUUUGGACCCAACCGGAAUUAGCGCUCUUCUUCUCCAUUCACAAUUGCUUCUUCCCAAAUCAUCAACAAUCCCACUCACCAAAAACCCUAAUUCUCCAUUUUCCUCUCACAAUUCACGAUCGGAUUCGUUGAGAACGGGAAAAUUCAAUUCAGCCGUCGGCGAUCUGGUUCAUCUGUUGAUCUGUUGGUUGUUGGUUCGAUCGGCAUUACUCGAUCUUGUUCCGGAAUUGUGCGAUUCAGACGCGGAUUUUGUUUUCAGAUCAGCGGAUUAUUUCAAUGCUUGUAGGUGUAGCUAAGAUUCAUGGUAUUACGAUAGGUUAUGGUGUUUAUAAUUACGAUUUAGUUUGAUUUUUGGAAAUCUCGCUUUCUGUACGUUGAAUUCAGUGGGAGUUUCACGAUUUUGGACAUGAGAAGCUCUUUGUCGAAUAAAUUGUGGAUGAUUCUCGGCCCUAAACCGCCAGUGAACUGGUUGAUAUUGUGCGUGAUUAGUGUUCUGGCUUUGAUUAUAGUGUUGGGUUCGUCGUCUUCCAAUGCUAUUGAUUCCUCGCCGAGGAGACCGGCUUCUCUUAUCUAUACAAACUACAGGAGGAUAAAAGAGCGGGUGGCAGUUGAUUAUUUGGAGCUGAAAUCUGUUUCGACUGGUGGUUUGAGGCAAAGGGAGUUAGGGCUUUGUGGAAAAGAAAGGGAAAAUUUCGUGCCAUGCCAUAAUAUCACUGCCAAUUCGGCGUCAGGAUUUGAGCAGGGGGAGGAGCUGGAUCGGCACUGCCAAGUGUUGAAGGAAGAAGAUCAAUGUUUGGUUCGUCCUCCCAAGGAAUAUAAAAUUCCCUUGCGCUGGCCCAGUGGCAGAGAUAUUAUAUGGAGUGGGAAUGUGAAGAUAACCAAAGAUCAAUUUCUUUCGUCCGGAAGUAUGACCAAAAGGUUGAUGCUACUAGAAGAGAAUCAAAUUGCCUUUCACUCAGAGGAUGGUAUGAUCUUUGAUGGUGUGAAAGAUUACUCUCGCCAAAUUGCAGAGAUGAUAGGGCUAGGAAGUGAUACGGAGCUUCCUCAAGCUGGUGUUCGAACAACGCUGGACAUUAAUUGUGGAUUUGGUAGCUUUGGAGCUCAUUUGUUGUCACUUAACAUAAUGGCGGUUUGUGUUGCGGGAUAUGAGGCAACUGGCAGCCAAGUUCAAUUGUCUCUUGAGAGAGGCCUUCCUGCCAUGAUUGGCAACUUCAUUGCAAGACAGCUUCCGUAUCCAUCAUUAUCAUAUGACAUGAUUCACUGUGCUCAAUGUGGCAUCAUUUGGGAUGAAAAGGAUGGAAUGUUCCUCAUAGAAGUUGACCGUGUUCUUAAACCCGGAGGAUAUUUCGUUUUAACAUCACCUACAAGCAAGCUACCGGGUUCAUCGCGGGAGAAAAAGAGAAUCACGUUGAAUCCUUUGCAAGAGCUGACCCAGGAACUAUGUUGGACGCUUCUAGCCCAGCAAGACGAGACUUUCGUCUGGCAGAAGACUGCUGACCUGAAUUGUUAUGAAUCACGCAAGCAGCAUACUAUUCAACUAUGUAAAGAAGGGGAUGAUACUCAAUCAUACUAUAAGCCUCUUGUGUCAUGUAUAAGUGGGACAUCUAGCAAGCGCUGGAUUGCAAUACAGAACCGAUCCUUUGAUUCUGAAUUGAGUUCAGCUGAGCUUGAAAUUCAUGGAGUUCAGCCUGAAGACUUUUACGAAGACAUGCAUUUCUGGAGAUCAGCUGUUAGUAAUUAUUGGUCCCUGCUUACACCACUAAUUUUCUCUGACCAUCCAAAGAGACCUGGAGAUGAAGAUCCACUGCCUCCAUAUAAUAUGAUUCGGAAUGUUAUGGACAUGUAUUCUAGUUAUGGGGGUUUGAAUGCUGCACUGCUGGAGGAGAAAAAGUCAGUGUGGGUCAUGAAUGUUGUUCCUGCCAGGGCUACUAAUGCACUUCCUCUCAUACUAGAUAGAGGUUUUACAGGUGUUAUGCAUGACUGGUGUGAACCUUUCCCCACCUACCCGCGGACAUAUGAUAUGCUUCAUGCAAAUGGACUUCUGUCACAGUUCAUUUCAGAACGAUGCAGCCUGAUGGACUUAUUCUUGGAGAUGGAUAGGAUACUACGACCAGAGGGAUGGAUCAUUCUUUCUGACACAGUGGGAACAAUUGAAAUGGUACGCACGCUUGCAACUCAAGUACGCUGGGAAGCAAGGAUAAUUGAUCUUCAGAAUGGCAGUGACCAGCGGUUACUUGUAUGCCAGAAACCAUUUUUGAAAAAAUGAUUGGACACUAAUAUAUUUCACCAAUCACCAUGACAGAUGAACACAAUUUUUUUGCUCUGGGAAUGGAUUGUUUUAAUUGGGACGUGUAUAUAUAGAGCUCAGAGCCUUGACUUCAAUAUUUACCACAACUGGGUCUAGAUAUUGAAGCUGUAGAUUGUGAAGGUUCAUGUUGAAUUUAGUUACAGUUAAUUUUUUUUGUCAAUGUUUGUAGUAAUUCAUUCAUCCAAUAUCUUGUUAGCAUUUUUUUAUUCUUCUUUAUUUCUUUUUUGAUCAUUGAACUUCUAGCAUUUAUGUUGAACAAUCACAAGUUUUUGAGAAAGAAAGUGAAUGGCCAUGAAAUUCAAGAAUGAACUUGAGAUAGUA